AUCGCUAACGAAGCGAACGGUUUAGGCCUCCAACAGGUGGACGCGAAUUGGUCACUGUAGUGCGCUCCAUCAGACGAAAGUUAAGGGAAGUAACGCACGCCAGCCGGUUGCUGUAACGCCCUUACACCGCUCGUCUCCGGUGUUCGUGGUGAAGUGUAGCAGAUUUUAUCAAACGUUUUUCCUGAUCAGUGGCGUGAUUUUCUUUCUGCUUCAACACCCAACAAAGCACCCGUGGACUUGAUGAAGGUCGCAUGAAGGCGGCAAGGCGGAGUUAGUUUGUUGAAAGUAAUUGAUCGUGUUGUUGUGAGUGAGAGUUGAGCGCUGGGCUGGGAAAACGAGUGAAAAGUGCUGCAAAGCCGAGUCGAGGCUGUACACACGGUGCAAGCACGUGGUCAACGUGGUGCAUCCAACGGUGCUGCUAGAGGCUGAGUAAUUAAAACGAACGAUAGCGUGAUAUUGACUCCUCUGGAUUCUGCUGUGAUAGUUAGUGAAACAAUAAGUUAAAAUGGCCAGCAAGAAGGAUGGCGAUACGACAAAGAAGAACUGGAACCUGGAUCCGAUCCAGCGGGCAAUGGGUCAGCUCGGCUGGUGGCACAUACUCGUCUGUGCGGUCGUCUUUCCGCUCAAGUUCCCGGUUGCCUGGCACCAGAUGAGCACCAUCUUCCUGGGUCCGUCCGUCAACUAUACCUGCGCAUCGGAUCCAUCGCUGGAGCCUUGCGACGAGGCAUGUACGAGCUGGUCCUACGAUAACAGUACCUUCAGCACGACGAUCACGAGCGAGUGGGAUCUGGUGUGUACCAAGGGAAAUCUUGUGAAACUGGCACAAACCAUUUUCAUGUUCGGUAUCCUGGUAGGCGGUGUGCUGUUCGGAUCGCUGGCUGACAAAUAUGGCCGUAGACCUCCGUUGGUGAUUGCCGUUCUUAUCCAGCUAGUGGCAGGCGUUGGCGCUGCCGUCAUCGGUUCGUUCUGGGUGUUCGUAGUGUUGCGUUUCUUGUCCGCAGUAGCCACCGGCGGUACCAUGGUUACCAGCUUUGUAUUGGUGAUGGAAAUCAUCGGUCCCAAAUGGCGCGAGCUGUUUUCGGUACUCUACCAGAUUCCGUUCAAUCUUGGCCAUUUGACACUGGCCGGCUUUGCGUACUUCCUGCGCGAAUGGCGCCAGCUCCAGUUCGCUCUGUCGAUCUUCUCCGUACUGAUGGUGUCCUACUACUGGCUGGUGCCGGAAUCGCCUCGUUACCUCUUCACCUCCGGUAAUGUGGAUGGAGCGGUGACGGUGUUGGAGACGGCCGCCAAACGCAACAAACUCCCGACCGAAACGAUCCGCACUGAUAUCGAGCUGUACGCGAAGGAGAAGUCACGCAAUGCCUCGGCAUCCGACUCGAAGGGUAACGUGCUCGAUCUGUUCCGGACGCCCAAUAUGCGCGCCAAGACGCUGUACAUGUGCUUCAACUGGUUCGUUUGUGGGCUGGCGUUCUUCGGUGUCGCCCAGUACGUUGGCCACGCCGGUGGUGAUAUCUACACGAACGUAGCGGUCAGUGCCGCACUCGAGCUGCCCGGUACGCUGCUUUGCAUUUACUUGAUGAAGGCGUACGGUCGCAAGAAGACACUGAUCUUCUCCAACACCCUGACCGGCAUUUCGAUGUUAGCGAUCGCUUUCGUGCCUCCGUCGGCCAGUGUGCUCAAUGUGGGACUUGCCUCGGUUGGGCUGGUCGGUAUGAGCAUCAGCUUCCCAACGGUCUACCUGUACGCCGGCGAGCUGUUCCCAACGGUGGUCCGGAAUGUGGGCAUCGGUACGGCCUCGAUGAUUGCCCGGUUUGGCUCCAUGAUCGCACCGUUCGUAGCCGGCUUUGGUUCGAUCGCUUACUGGCUGCCACCGUGCAUCUUCGGUGCCACUCCACUCCUCGGUGCGUUCUUCGUGUUCUUCCUGCCCGAAACGCAAGGCCAUCCGCUACCGGAAACACUCGAAGAUGGCGAAAACUUUGGCAAACGGCACAAAGCCGAUGGGCCAGCGAGUGUUGAGAAUGGCAAACACUAAACACGGUCCGCAGUCUGGCCGCAGCAUUUUGAAAUAUUAGAAUAGAGUUUUUUUAUAUUUCCUUUUCGUUUUACUCAUAAUGUUGUUCCUUUCGCCACUGUCGACACGGCCACUGUGUGUCCACACUUUGCCAGAGGCGAAGCAUGAAUCUCCUUCUAAACGAAUCUGGUUUCGGCGAUUCGUUUAAAUGCAAUAAAAUACGACCUAAAAAACGACAGGUAGUGAAGAAGUGCAGGGAGAUGAGUACAUAUUCUCCACGAAAGAGAGUUCCAUAAUGACAAAUUUCGCCGAGAGGGAGUGCCGAAGAGCAGGAGUGAUAAAUAGUAAUAUUAAUAUGCCAAUAAACCAUUGCGUAAA